AUGGAGAGUUUGUAUUCUUUAUUUUCAUAGAUUUUAUUGAUUACAACAUCUGUUAUAUUAUUAUUCUCUAUGACAAUUGCUUUUAGGAAGAUCAUGAAAGAUGUGAAUGACAUUUUAGACUCAACUGAUAAACUUGUGUUUUUUAUUGCAGCAUUUCAAUGUACUAAAUCUUGACAUUUAGAGUUGUUGUUAUUCGCAUUCUUAAUUAAAUAGUAUACAAUAUUCUUAAGUGGAUUACGUAUCCUCAGAAUGCUUUAAGAUAUUAUGCUAUUAAAUUGUUUAAUCAAAUUAGAUAAUGAUAAUGAAAAAUGCUUAGUAAAUUUCAACAGUAUAUAGUUUAUCAGAAAAUUAUAGACAAAAUCUCCAAGUUACUUUCAUUGAUUCUCCUUUUUUUUUGGUGUGGCAUAGUUUAUUUAGAAGGUUUCAAAUCACCUUUUUAAUGUGAUUAAUAAAUUUGGAUGCUGCUUUCAGGAUUGCUUCUUUUAACCAAUAUCAUACAAUUAUAUUUUGGGCUUAAAAUUAUAAUCUAAAUCUAUAAAUACUGUAAAGAUUCAAGUAAUCAACAUAUGUUUGAUGGUUUACAUAAAAUUAUGAUGGAUGAAUUAUAAAAUAGGAAGGUUUAAGUAAGAGUUUUUGUCCUUUGUAGUAUCAUUUCAUCUAUUGUAAUGCUAUUAUAUGAUUACAACAUGUUUGAUCAACUUAACCCUACAUUCUGUCUUCAAAAAAGCACUAUUACUUAAAUUCUUAUUUAUAUUGCUGUCAUUAUUUUCUCAUAUUAAUUACCUUGUCUAGGAAUAUACUAUGUGUUUUAUCAUAAGAAUAAAAAAUAUUUGAAUAAUCAUAAUUGGGAAAUACAAAGAAAUAUUGUCAAUUUCUAUGAUGAAAGAAGUGAAAUAGAAUUGGGAGAAUAUUAAAAUCCAUAAUGA